AGAUACAGAGCGAGUGACAAAUUGUGAUAGCUCAGGUCACAGAAUGUGGUGUAACACUUGUUCCAGUUCACAUUAGUUUAGCGCCAUUUUAUUGCCAUUUUUAAUCGUCUUUUUGCCUCUAAGAUAGGUAGUAGUUACUCGGACACAUAUGAAUUAACUGUGCAGACAAUAUUUAGAUGAUUUAGUGCCUUGAUCCCACACUAGUAUGCAAUGAGUCUAUUUAUACUUUAAAGUCAGUAUAAGCAGUAGAGGGCGGUAUGACCCCUUUACCGUUAGUGUGUGACCCGACAAUACGAAGAAGAAGGAGCUCAGUCAAGCCUCGAAGAAAGAAGAAGAAGAAGAAGAAGAAGAAGAAGAAGAAAGAAGAAGAAGAAGAAAGAAGAAGAAGAAGAAGAAGAAGAAGAAGAAGAAGCUACUGCCAAAAAUGGGGUUCAUCCAAAAGGAGCUCAGAAAAGAUGUCAGUGGAGUGCCCUCUGUCACAACCACCACCACCACCACCUGCUCCAGGUCCACCACCACCACCACCACCACCUGCUCCAGGUCCACCACCACCACCACCACCACCUGCUCCAGGUCCACCACCUCCUCCAGCCUCAGCACCCAAGAAGAAGCUGUAUCAGACUAUAGCCAGUAGCAGGAGUCCUGUAGAGGGGAACCACACAGAGGCCCUCGUACUGCUCAGUCAGAGGGAGAGCAGUUUUAGGAAGGACCUGCAGUGGAUACUGGUUAACACAUACGUGCCCUCCCUCAUCCAAGAUGGUCCUCAGUGUGGUCUUGUGGCUUUGUGGAUGUCUGCUCACCUUCGACAGCCACAGCUGAGUAUUGACAUGGAAACUAUUGUUCAGACAGCACUGAGCAGGGGAUACACAGCACAGGGUGAAAUGUUUUCAGCUGACAACAUGGCCCUGCUGGCAGAAGAGCUUUGUGGCUGUGAGGCAGAACUACUGUCAGGGGGUUUAAGUGGUAACAAUGCUGCAACUAUCAUCACACACCUGUGGGGGGGACAGCCUGUUCUCAUCCCGUAUCCUAGACCCAAACACAACUGCCAUGCGGGGACAAACUUCCUUGACAGUAUGUACAGUUAUGAUGAGGACUACAACCAUGAGCCAUGCCAGCGUAGCGGCCACAGGGCACACUGGGCAGUCGCCUCAGGUGUUCUCCUCGGUUUGGACCAGGGGAGCGUGAGCAAAGUGCACACUCAACCCGAUCCCACUCUUCCCUGGCUCUACCUCGCCACUGACAGCAGCUAUCCCUGUCCUGUCGGUAGCACAGCAGUCGAAGAGGUUUAUGUCCUGGCUAAGCAGGGUAAGAGCCUGCGCUACCAGCUGUGGAGUUUGGAGAGCGUAGCUCAGAGCAACGAGCAGCUGAGGAUGAUGGACCCUCAGAGGGCUAAUGACGGGACCCAGUAUGUGGUUCCUCAAGGAGGGGUGAAAGCCGGGCUGGCUGGACAGGCGGUGCUACUCUACACAAGGACAGGGAAGUAGUAAUGAGCGAGAUGCAGGACCCAGCUGUGUGGACGACGACAGAUACAUGGUGCAGUGUCUGGGUCAAACUCUGAUCUGUUGAGAGGCAUCACAGUGAACUCUCAUGGUGCAAUGUGAUUGAUACCACAGUUUAACCCAUUUAAACCAGGGGUUUUUACAGCUGUGGGUUGUAGAACAAUCUGAUUGUCUGCAUGACUUUUUGAAUUAAUCCAAAAGGGCUUCAAAGUGUUGGGAAUUCUCACAUAACAAUAAUGAUACUAUAUGUGGUACAGUUCUGAUGUUGGGUGAUUGUGGAUCCUGUUAGGGGUAACUGAUGUGACAAUAUGAGGUGGUAUAAAUGUAUUAAGUGCCCACAUAUUCUGCUAUACUGGGGUAGCUGUCCCUUUUAAUAUUUCUACUUUUAUUAGGCCUUUGCAAGCAGUGUUGUGGGCAAGUUAGUGCGUAGGACUGCAUGAUCAGAAAUAUUGGAUUUACAGUGUUGUUGCAUCGAUAUGAACAUUUUUUUUUUUUUAUCUUUAACCAGUUCCCAAAUGAAUUUACUGAAAAUAUGCCAUCAUCACAGUAUACAGUGAUAUUGCAAUCAGGGUGGGAAAUUAACUUUUUAAAAUGUGAACAUCUACCAGCCACUGACAGAUAAAUGUUCAAAUUACUGUCUGAAAUCUGCCAGCCACUAUUUUACCAGCAUUUGGCUGAUGCUAAUUUCCCACCCUGAUUGCAAUACAGAAUGAUCCCUAGAUCCAUCAGAGAAUUUUAUUUUUACAGUGUGAUGAAUCUUCACCACCUCCUGGUGCUUAAUACACCACUGCCUGGAUGGAAUAUAUUUAUACAAUAAAUUGUUUCAAUUCUUGAUUUUA